AUGACACCCGAUAAGAAAUGGAUGGAUCUUAUUAAUGAUCGACUUGGUGAAGCAUAUGGACAGGGGAUUGAAAAUUUUUUAGACUAUGCUUUUGAAAGAACAGGAGAAACAAAUGAAAUUCGAUGCCCAUGUGUUAAAUGUGCAAAUGCACAUUUUGGGUCUAGGGAAUAUGUUAAAAUGCAUUUGAUUGUUUAUGGAAUACUUCAAAAUUAUAGAUUUUGGUAUCAUCAUGGAGAAAAGCCAGAGGAUGAUUUAGAACUACACAAUUCGGAAACUGAAGUAGAUGAUAAUGAUUACUUCAUGGAAGAUCUUCUAAGAGAUUUACAUCCACAUUAUGAUGAUUCAAACCAUGCUAAUAUUAGUGAGGAACCAAAUGAUGAAGCUAAAUUUUUUUAUAGAUUAUUAAAUGUUUCAAAAGAACCUUUGUACGAAGGAUCAAGGGUUUCAAAAUUGUCAGCAUUAAUAAAGUUACUUCAUCUCAAAAAUGUUGGGCAAUGGACAAAUAAAUCAUUUAGCAUGUUGUUGCAAUUGUUGAAGGAAGAAAUAUUACUAGAAAAUUUUGAUCUUCCAGAUUCAUAUUUUGAUGCUAAAAAGUUUAUUAGAGAUAUCGACCUUUCUUAUGAAAAGAUUGAUGCAUGUAAAAACAUUUGUAUGUUAUUUUGGAAAGACCAUAAGAACUUGGAUUUUUGUGAAGUGUGUGGAAUAUCUAGAUGGAAGGAGGAAAGGCAUAGUGGGGGAACUCAAUUCAAAGCUAAUGGAAAGAAAAUUCCAAAGAAGAUAUUACGUUAUUUCCCACUAAAACCAAGGCUGCAAAGGUUAUUUAUGUGUUCAAAAACUGCCCCUUACAUGAGAUGGCACAAUGAUGCAAGGAUUGAUGAUGAAAUUUUAAGGCAUCCAGCUGAUUCUAUGACAUGGAAAUCAUUUGAUGAAAGAUAUAAAGAUUUCUCCUUAGAGGCUCGCAAUGUAAGACUUGGUCUCGCAAGUGAUGGGUUUCAACCAUUUGCAAAUGCAAAAACAACAUAUAGCAUUUGGCCUGUGAUCCUUAUUCCUUAUAAUUUACCACUAUCGAUGUGUACGAACUUGUCUAACUUCAUUUUAUCCAUGUUAAUUCCUGGUCCAGAGAGUAGUGGAGAUGCAAUUGAUAUCUAUUUGCAACCGUUGAUCGAUGAAUUGAUUGAGUUGUGGCACACUGGAGUAGAAACUUUUGAUACAUCAACUUCUCAAAAUUUUACUUUACGUGCUGCUUUGUUGUGGACAAUUAAUGACUUCCCGGCAUACGCAUAUUUAUCUGGAUGGAGUACAAAAGGAAAGUUAGCAUGUCCUUGUUGUAAUAAGGAUACUUACUCAAUGAGAUUGACAAAUGGUGGUAAAGAGUGUUAUAUGCGCCAUUGA